AUGGGUCGCUACCUCAGCAUCAACUUGUGUUCAAUUCAAAUACAGGAGAAUUUGGAAACUAUGUCACCCACAAGAGAGAAAAACAGAAGGCUUAAGAGGAGACAAAUGCAAAACACUUACAUCAUGAAUUCUACAGAAACGGAAAUGUCUCAAGUCAAAUCAGGUGCCGAUCAGCCAAAACUGGAAACUAACAAUAUCUCCAGCAACUGGGAGGAGGGCUACCUCCAUUUUCGAAGACACAUCAAUAAAUACUUUGGUGCCAAAGUUACCAAAGAAAUUGAUCAAGAUCAGAAUAGGAGAGAACAGCUUCCUGUAGAAACGAGCAACACUUACAAAAAACACUUUUCAGCACAAUCUACCUCACAAACCCAUGGUGUCAUGUCACAACCUAAGCAAAACGGACCUAUCAUCCAUGAAACAGGAAGCCUUUUCCACAGCAGCUGUGAUACCACUAACUUCGGAGAGAACUAUUUCCAAACGGCUGGCCACAUCAAUAAGUAUUUCAAGGGUCAAAGUGGAUUGGAUGAGGACACUGAUGGACAUCUCUUAACAAAGAUGGGCCCUGGAUCUGCUACCUCUGAGAGACUAAAGACUGUGUCCUUUAUGGACUGCCUUUUCAACCCCACAAGUGCUAUCCCUGACUUGCUCGGUGCUUAUCUGAAACUGGGCCCCUUGAAUCAGACUAGUAAGCCUGCCAUGACUUCAACAGAGACUAGGCUGAAUAAAAAGCUGGUAUUGAGUCGGAGGCAGGCAGAGGAAAUGACACGGGGGUUGAUUGGCACUCUGUCACAGGCUUCGUCUUCAGAAGCUCUGACUGCCUGCACGGAGGCACUAAAUGAACACCUAAUCUGUUACCCAUCAUGCAAAGCUGUAAUGUGGCAGGAGAGAACUGCAGUCACAUUGUUGAGAAAGCGACGGACCUACAGAGAUAACCAGCUACUUCAGAACGCCCUAAGAGAAAGCUUGGCUCUAAUCGGCUAUGUGGAUCCAGUCAAAGGUUGUGGCAUAAGGGUGCUCUCAAUUGACGGUGGCGGCACAAGAGGUGUGGUGCCUUUGCAGGUAUUAAAGCUACUGGAAGCUCAAACAGGCAGGAAGAUCCAUCAGCUGUUUGACUACAUCUGUGGAGUGAGCACAGGUGCCGUUCUAGCCUUCAUGCUGGGUCUUGCCCAUUUUUCUCUAGAGGAGUGUGCUGACAUGUAUCGUCGCUUUGGCUCGGAAGUGUUUCGACAGAACCCGCUGGUUGGCACUGUGAAGAUGGGCUGGAGUCACUCUUACUAUAACACUGAGACCUGGGAGACAAUACUACGAGAAAAGCUGGGAAAUAGAGUACUUAUCAAAACAGCUGGAGAUGAGUUGAGUCCCAAGGUCUCAGCAGUCAGCACUGUGGUAAACUGGGGUACCAGUCCAAAGGCCUUCGUCUUCCGCAACUACAACCACAAACCAGGCUCUCUCAGCCGCUACGCAGGAGGCUCGCUUUGCCAGAUGUGGGAGGCAGUGAGAGCAUCAUCAGCCGCCCCAGGGUACUUCCAGGAGUUCCCCUUACAAAGUGACAUUCACCAGGAUGGAGGACUUAUCUUGAACAAUCCCUGUGCCUUGGCUGUCCAUGAGAGCCGUCUAUUGUGGCCCAACCAGCCCUUCCAGUGUGUGCUGUCCCUUGGCACUGGUCGCUAUGACAAUGCUAAGAGGGGACCUGCCACCUCCACCAGCCUGCGGGCCAAAAUCAGCAACCUGAUCAGCAGUGCUACUGACACUGAAGGGGUCCACACCCUUUUGGACGAACUGCUGGCUCCAGACGUGUAUUUCCGCUUCAACCCCAUGUUGAGCGCUCUGGUGUCCCUGGAUGAGAGCCGGCCGAAGGCCCUGGACCAGCUGCAGAGGGACACCCAGAACUACCUAGAGAGAAACCGUCCCAAACUGGCAAGGCUCUGUUUGGUGCUCGGGCCGGAGCGCUCAGCUGCGAGCAAAACUAAGGACUGGAUGAGUGAGAGGGCCUGGGAGAUGAAGCAGAGAUGGGUGUGA